AUGUAAUUUGCUCACGAUGAAAACAAGUGUGAUUUUUUUUUGGGGGUACCUUAUCCCAUUUCUUAAUCCGAACAAACCAUAUCACUACAAAGUCAUCUAGGAGAUUUUUGUACCAAAAAAUGGUUGUGUGAAAUUUGGGCCACAUGAGUCACAUGAGAUGCUUUGUGAGGUUGGCCACUUCUACUAAAAGCUCUCACCGUACUCCGCUACUAGCCUACUCCUUUCCCCACGGCACACGGUUGUCGCUGAUUCCUCAUUUCAAGCAAAGAACAUCUCUUUAGUCUCUACUCCCCACUAAUCUUCUUGUACCCAUUUCCUAUAGAACUUCAAGGAAGCAUCAUACGAUGAUGGAGGAGGAAGUAGGAACAGCGUAAGGCAAAACCCGCACCGCAGAGCAUAACCAAAGUUAUAUUCCCCUCUCUCUCCUCACUUCUCUGUCUCCCUCUCUCUUCUCUUCUUGUUAUCUUCCCUGGUGUACCUCCUCCGCCUAUGACGCGCAUCAAUGGCGGCGAUUUCACUCUCUCUAUGGCAUUCCCUCUUAUGUUCUCCGGCCGUAGUGUACCCUCACUCGCAACUCGAUGAACCCAUGUUGCCUCUGCUCUUUUUUACCCUCUCUCUCCUCUCUUUCGCCCUCUUCUUCCUCUCUCUCUACAAGAGACUCAAGAAAGCAGACGAGGAACAAACCCAGACCCCGAACCAGAAGGCCUUGUCUGUCUUCAGACGUUCUCUGCCUGAAAUUGUAGAUACUACCCAUCAAACCCAAGUUUCGAGCCUGACCCACUUGACCCAAUCGCUUCUUCUGGAGAUCUUGCCCUCCGGUUUGUCGAAAUGGACGGCGCUCUCCGAUGGCGAGGGCUGCGAGAACCCGAAUUCGACCGGGUCGAACCCGGAUGGGGAGAAAGGCGAUUCGGGCGGGGAGGAGUGCGGGAAGAGCGGCGAUGAUCAGAGAGGGAAGAAGAAGAAGAAGAGGGCUAAGAAGAAGAGACCCAAUUCGCCGACGACUUUGCGAGUAGAAGACAAUGGUGCUGAAGAAGAGAGGGUUGAUUUGCGGUCGAAGGAGAAACAAGAAUUGGUUUGCUUGUACCCGUUCACCUCUUCGUCGAGUGCGACGCAGAGGAAGAUCAAGCAGCAGUAUGAUCAGCUUAUGAAGUGUCACGAGUCCAAGGGACUUACGCUGGCUCAGGUUGGACAGUUUGCCAAUUGCUUGAUUGAAGCUAGAAGCGAGCUACUGCACAAGUCUGAGGUCAUCCAGCGCAAGUUCACCAUAACAAAGGCUCUUCUAUUCAAGGCAGACAGAUCUUCAUUUGACCGGCUUCGUCAACAGAUAUAUAAGCUAGAAUUAGAACAAAAGAGAUUAGAAGAGGAUGCAUUUGUUUAUAACUGGCUCCAACAGCAGCUUAAGCUCUCACCAGCCUACAAGAAGAUGCUUGAAAUUGGUGCCUGCAUGGAGUUGAAGGCCAAAUCAGGCGAGCUAGUGGAAAGCACAGAUACAGAAUUCGCUAAUAUUUCAUUUGAGGAUUUUUUAGCUCAGGAAAAGAAGGAUUCUUUUUGGCAAAAAAAUGGGAAACUAAGAUCGUGUUCCAGUUCCAACUGAUUGCACUGCCAGAUCCGCUUCUAACCACAGCUGUGGAUUCACCAAGAUGAGGAGUCAUGUAUAUCCAACGCCCAGAAUUGCCGACCUUCUUAUGAAGGUUGUAUAUGGUUCUUGGGUUGUCCACUUUUUUAAAAAAAAAAAAAAAAAAAAAAGAGGAUCAUGGCUGCAAUUGUCUUUUCAAUUUUCAUUAUAGGUUCUAGUAGAUGCUGAUGAAGUCAAAUCUGCACAUUAUGGGUCUAAUACUUUUAGCCAAAGUUUUGCCCUUUCUUCUAACCGGUGGAAAACCUUAGUGCCCGUUGGAAUUUGUGAUGGCUCUCUUGUUGGCAUGCAUUAUGAGCCUAAGUUGAUAUUUUGGUCUUGUGGAUAUAACCCUAUUUAGCCUUUGCAAGAAAGUCAUAUUGUGGAUCUCAAA